GGUAAACAUUGCUUCUUUCUUAGUGUAGUGAAACGUCUUGCCUCGAUAUGCUCUGCAAUCCAUAUGCGGAAUGCUUGGUGGUUCUGUUGGCUUUUUAUGUUGACGGGCACGGGAGCGGCGAAUCUGAAUAGAAGCUUCUUAAAUGUCGUUUGGAUUUAUGGUCUCGUUAUCUUGGCCUUUGUCGAUUCAAGGAAAAUUCCACGCCUUGAAGCUGUAGAAAUUGACAGAUAUCAUUUCCUUCGCCUUGUUAAAAUACCAAGUAGGCCAUCCCUGCCCAACUUACCCCGGAGUCUGCAAUUGCUAAGUGGAUGCCUCUUAUUUUCGAGCUUUGGAAGAGCGGUGGGCACCAACAAACGGACGAUUGACAUUUUACUGGUCGAUUCUCAGACAACUGCCAACAAAGACUGCCUCCAGUUCGAGAAUAUCGAUUUGAUCCAAAGACAUCCAUCCUUGGACUGCAGGAACUGCAUCGCUAGUUGACACCGACGAAAGUGAAGCCGUUGAAGCUCGUUCAUUAUUGUGCUUCAAAUCUCUUCAUAAGGAUCCAAGAACAGUCCAUUACUGUUUUCCUGUUUGCCAGAUUCAAACACUAAUUCUUCUCAUUUACUGAACCGAGAAAUUUGGAAAUUACCUAGCCCUCGUUUCUUUUAGAGAAUUCGUUCGCUUUCGACAAAAGAAGUAUUCAGCCUGCAGAUUUAGAGGAAACAAGAUUCUGUUGAACUCAUUUCCACCACUCACCGCCCACUAUGCUCUCCGUAGCAUCGCUACUCAAUCCUGCUAAGUCAGAACCGCGAAGCACUCGAAUAUCAUCAAGUCCUCCAUCGUCGCUUUGUACCUCAUCGCCCUCUUAUGGGCAUACCCUAUUACCCAUCCAAUCUUCAUCUAUCAAGAAACAAAAGAUGGCUAAGGACGGCGCAGUUUUCGCCAAGGGUGCUAAGAUUAAGGGCGAUGUAAAUUUUCCACCGUUUGAACAUCUGAGCGAGGAGACUAUGCGAGAAGUCUCAAAAUUCCAAGUGUAUCCAUUGGGUAAGAUUCAAGAUUAUUGCCGCCAUAUCCCUUAUAAUAGUGAGAAAAAGAACUUCUUGGAAAAGACUGGUCGAGAGAGUUUCGAAGUAUUUCAAUACACAUUCAAACUUCCUGGUGAGGAUAGAGUGUACACUGUUAUGUGGGAUUAUAAUGUUGGGCUCGUUCGCAUCACUCCUUUUUUUAAGUGCUGUAAAUAUUCCAAGACGACUCCGGCCAAGAUGCUCGGGUUGAACCCAGGCCUAAAGGAAAUCACGCACAGCAUCACUGGUGGCGCUUUAGCAGCCCAAGGUUACUGGAUGCCAUAUUCCUGCGCUCUCGCCGUUUGCACUACCUUUUGUUCCCACAUCGCCCCAGCCUUGAUUCCUAUCUUCGGUCCCUCCUUCCCAUCUCAGUGCGUCUCACCCGACGCUCCAGAACAUGGCCGUAUGAUUAUCGACCCCAACAUAAUCCAUGCCGCCACCGCAGAAGCCGAAUCUUACCGUCUCCAGUACACAUCCUUCACCCCCAAAUCCUCCACUAACGUUACACCUCGCGACUCUGUCAGCCCCCAACAGCAAAGCUCUAACUAUCUUAUUCGCACUAACGUCAUGACGCCGCCAACUAGUUCAAGUAGUCAUCUCGAACGAAGACUGAGACUUAAAAGACCAUAUGGUGGCGAGAGUCCUUAUGCGGAGAGCAAUACCGAUCACGAUGCUGCGAGCGAGACAUCAAGUGGUGAUGCUGCAUACUUUUGUUCGCCAGUAACUCCUACAUCCGGCCAUGCUGGUGCAAGUUGGGGCAUUCAUGCGAGAUCGUAUCUUCCCAACGGUCCUUCACAUUCCUUGUCAAAUGCGAUGAACCAUCAUCAGCAUCAGAACAUCAAUUCCCAUUCUGCUAAUGCAGGAAUUAACAUCUCCGGGAUGGGAAUGGGGAUGGGUGAUCAUGGUCUGGGUCACAACAAGGGUCUUCAUUAUGGCCAUACUCAUAAUCAUAAAUUGAUGAACCCGCACAUGAGUGUGAAUGGUGCCAUGGUUGUUGGGCACAACGGCACAAAUCCAUGGUUAAGUGCCAUUCCGCGAAGUAUAGGCGGACUCGCCGACAUGACAGCUAGCUGGAGAGCCAAGCGACGUGCGGAGGAAUUAGAUGGAAAUAUCUCCGAUGAAAGAGAUAGAGAAAGAGAGCGAGAUAUUCACCGUUCUCAUCCCACAGACGAAGAAUACGAUGGUGAAGAAAGCGCUAGUGCUACUGGUGAUGAAAAAAGUCCUAUCGCCGACGAUAGAACGAUUACCUUUGGUCCUCGCGCACACGUAACGAACAUGACGCGAAACCAUCAGUAUAACACAAUGGCGAGAGAAGAAAUCUCGGGAGAGAAAAUCACAAACGCAGCUGGCGAUGAAAAGAAGGCAGCUUGGCUCUUGAUGAAACUUAGUGUUAAAGAUGGCGAAGCAGGUGCUGCAUUACCUUCUUUGCCGAGCGUAUCGGCGGUAGGCACACCGUUGAUGGGAAGCGCGAAGUGGAUUAAAGAUGAGGGAGAUAGUGAUGGGCCGCGAGUCAAGAGAAGAAGAGCGCUUAGUAUGUGAGAGAGAAGUUCUCAGAGAUGGUUUUGCUCAAGAUUCAUCUUCAUCUUUGUGUUGGAUGAAUCGAGCUGGGAUGAGUACCA